CGGCAAAAAUAUGAAUGAAAAAUUCUCUGUUCUGAUUUAACGCUUGAAAUUGGUACAAAAUUUAGGAAGAGGCAAUUUGUCAUAGAGAGGGAAUAAAUUACAGGAUGACUACUCCGAAAAAGGAAACAGCUCAAGAAAAAUUCCAACGGUUAAGGGAGAAGAACAAAGCGGACAUGUUGGAAAAAAUGCAGAAAAUUGAGACUAAGCAAAAAGCCGCUACCUUUACCAAGAGUCAACAGAAGGAGGAGGAGGAGAAAGCAGUGGCUGAAGAGACUGGGGAGCCGGUGAAAAAGACUGAGGAAAAAACUGCACCGGGAACGGAGAGGAAAGUUCACGUAGAGGAGAAAACUCGUGUUAAUCCGCCAAAAGAACUUGAACCAUUGGCAUCGCACCCACCGCCGUCGAAAUUUCAGCGUCAACCUAGGAAUGUUCGCAUAAGUGACAGUGAGAUAUCCGCACAAAGAUUCAUUAGAAUGCACGAGUCCCAUCAAAGAUGCAGCAACUGCUGCGGAGGCCUCCCAGGACGUGGCCCUGGUUCAGGGAGAAUUGGUGAAGAUGGUCACGGCUGCGGUGCAGCCAACAGGAACAAUCCUGAUUACGAGGACUACCAGGGGGAGAGAUUAAGAGGUGGUGCAGACAAUGGUGAAUCCACACGUGAGAAAUCACCCGAGCGAUUUCGUGGUGGCUGUGGAGGUGGCUGCUCGCCACCACCCAGGCCGUGCUCUCCACCGCCCUGUGUACAUGCACCACGGAAUCAGUCUUGUCCACCACCUUGCUGCAGAUCACAUCGAUGGCGACCCCCUUGCCAGAGCCAAGAGCCCCAACGAGUGGGAGUUAGAGGGAAUACAAAGAGCAACUGUCCUUGUGGUAGCUGCGGUGGUCCCGGCUGUCAGGAUAAUCCUGGGAGGGGGAGUGAGGCGGGAUGCUGCAGGCGGGGGCCGCCCGGGGGAACUCCUUGCAAGUGUAAAUGCCAGUCUUGCAAGAGUUUCCAGCCCCAAGGUGGCUGUGGGGGCCAGUCCUGCGGUAAAAUGUACAGUUGCUCGGGCUCCGGCGGUGGUGCAUCGUGCUUUCCAAGAAACUACCGUAGGCGAGAGGGCUCAGAAUGUUGUGGGGGCACCAGUCCACAACAUCGAAGUAGUUGCUGCUGAUGAGACUGGGUACACUCGGCAAACUUUCCUCAUAAAGCUGACAA